UUGGACCCCACCAACAACAGGGUAAGUUUGGAAGUUGGAAACCAAAAAGGAAAAAAAAAAAUAAAGAGAAAAAUCUUGUGGCAUAAAAAGUAACGCAAAAAUUGUUGAUCGUGUCUUUGUCUGAGUUUGUGAUCGUCAAACAAAUCCCAGCUACUACAAAGAAAAUCAAUGUCACAGCCAGUGGGUCCAGCUUUGCCUGAGAAGAAACCCUGCAUCUUCUACAAGUUAAUCGUGUCCUCCAUUCUUCAAGACAAGAAGCUAAGGAUCCCACAUAAGUUUGUUAAGAAAUAUGGUGAUGAACUCUCUUCAAUUGUUACACUUGCUACCCCCAGUGGUCGGUUCUGGCUAGUGGAAUUGAAGAAAGAUAAACGAAGGAUGUGGUUUGACAGCGGUUGGAAUGUAUUUGUUGAAUACUACUCCAUCUGUGUUGGGUAUUUCUUGGUCUUCAGAUACGAAGGGAAUUCACAUUUCAAUGUUCAUGUAUAUAAUCUGGCAGCUUCAGAGAUAAACUAUCUAUCUAAUGGUCUAAAUAAUUCAGAAGAACUGAGUCGUGAUGAGCAUGUAAAAAACAUAGAAGAUGGUGAUCUUGCUGAGAUUAUGGGCUCUUGCCCAAAAUGUUCUAGUUCAUACUUUUUGACUGAUAAAGAUUCUGAUGAAUGCCUAGAUCGUGAUAGGAAGAAAUAUAAGAAUUCUACAUGUGGGGCUGAUCUGAAAAACCUUCAUCAGAAAAAUGAUGUGCAUGAUUUACAAGCAACAUUUCAAUUGACUCAAGGCAAAGGCUUUCAGCUUAAUGUGGUUGAACUUACAAGUACUGCAGAUGAAGGUGGACCGUAUUUCUUGAAUGAAACACAACAAAUAACCAAAAAGAUAAAACAAGAAACUGAACCUAAUACAGACGAACAUGAGGAAGAGCUGCCAGCCAUGAACACUCCAAGAAAUAUUGCCAGGAGAUGGAGAGAUGUGACAAGGGAAGACAAACAAAGUGCACUUCAUGCAGCUGCAACGUUCAAGCCCGACAAUCCUUUCUGUAGGAUUAUCUUGCGACCGUCCUAUGUGUACAAGGGAAUACUUCUUCAUAUCCCUCGCUGGUUUGCUAGGAAACAUUUGAAUGGAGUUAAUGGCACUAUCACACUUCAGGUAUCUGAAGGGAAAAAGUGGCCUGUUCGGUGUAUCUAUGUGGAUGGCCAUUUGAAGUUUUGCAAAGGAUGGGCUGAAUUUGUCUUGGACAAUAAUUUAGACGAAGGGGAUGUUUGUGUAUUUGAGCUGAUUAACACAGAGGAGAUUGUGCUGAAAGUUACCAUAUUCCGAGUUAUUGAAGAUGCAGGACCAGUGAACAAACUAUAAUCCAGAGCUGGCUCUACUUGUCUGUGUAUAGCAAUGCUUAUAGGUGUUUUAUUGUGAAAAAAAUAAGUGAGAGUUUGAUGACUAGUUACUCUUUUUAUGUGUCUUGGAAUGCUGUUUGAUGUUUGAGUGUGAAGAGAAAAGUGAACUAUGUUUAGUUUAAAUCUGUGUAGAAAGCUAUACUCUUUAUGUUUGAAAUUUUAUGUUGUAAAUAUUCCAUAUUUUCCCAGUAUACCCUCAAGGCGCCAUAUGCUGUUAUUUGC